AUGGAUAAUAAAAGUAAUAAUAAUAACAAUUACAAUAAUAACAACUAUGAUCAAAAAACCUCAGAAUUAUUUUAUCUAGUUUUUCAUAAUAAAUAUUUAUUUAAUAAAAUAUUUCAUUUCAUUCAUUCAGUUGAACUAAUUAAAUACAAUAGUAUAAACGAUAUUCCAGAAAAUAGAAUCAUUUUUAAAAAUAUUAAAUCGGUAAAUUUCCUAUUAAACAAAAAAUUAUAUCAUUUAUUAAAAUGCAAGUUAGAAUCUGAUGAAUAUAUCCAUGUCAAUCAUAGGUAUAAAAUUACAGAAAUGAUGAGUUAUGACAUAGAUUUAGCAAAAGAAAUAUUCAAAUUACUAUUACAAUCAACUUCACUUAGAUAUGAAAGCAAAGAAUCAUGGACAUCACGGAGCCAUAUACACCAAUUAAAUUAUUUUAGUGAAGAUUUUAUUCAAACUGCAGUUAAUGAACCAUUCUCUUUCCCAAUAUUUACAUCAACACUAAGUUAUUUCUUCUCUUUUUCGACAAAUUCAAAAAUUAAAAUACUAUUGGAUUCAUUUUAUAAUAUAAAUAAUAAAAACAACAAUAAUAAAAAUAAAAAUAAAAAUAAAAACAAAAAAACACUCAAAAAAAUUAAUAAUAAGAUUUUGAAGUCAGCAUAUAACAAAAAUAUUAAUAAAAAUAAUAAUAAUAAACAAAAUUUAAUACAAUCAAUUUUCACAUCUCCAAAUGAAUAUAAAAAUAAAAUAAUUAAAGAUAUUUAUGGACGCUGUGAAGAUUUAUUCCAACGUGAUAGAGUAUUACAACUAGUUUUAAGCAAUAAAGAAUAUUAUAAUAUACAUAAUAAUAAUAAAAUCGAUAUUAUAGAUAUAGUAUUCAACACAAUAUCAAUAGAGAAUCAAAAUCAAUUAUUAGAUAUGAAAUUAUAUUUUUUGCCUGAUUAUGUUAAGCAAAAUGACCAAAACCAAAUAGAUAAUAUAAUUAAUAAUAAUAAAGAUAUCAAUAGAAUAAUAAAACUAUUAGAGUAUAUUAGAAAAAAUAUCAAAAAGGAUGACGAUGAUGACGAUGAUGACGAUGAUGUCGAAAGUUUUCAAUUCAAUUAUUUUUCAAAUGAAGAAUCAAUAAAAUUAGAAAAUUUGAAACUAGUUUUACAAAACAACACAAAUAAUUGGAAAAAAAUCAAAAAUUGUUGUUCUAGGGUAUCAUUUAAAACAGAUAUAGAAACAAUCAAAUUUUAUUUCAAAAAUCAAAACCAUUUAAAUUUUAUGGAAUCUGACAUUUGUGAAACAAUAAUCGAUAUGUUUAAUAAGUACGUUUGCAAAAUAGAUAAAAAAAAGUUCUGCCAACUAAUUGAAUCAAUACCACCAUGUAAAUAUGAAAUUUAUUCAUUAUGGAAGGAAGUGGUUAAAAGAACAAAAACAACAAUACCAACUGAAAUAAUUACAGACUCUAUUGAAUAUAAUGACAGUUCAAGUGACAAUUAUAGGGAAAAUAUAAAAUCACCGGGAAUAACAACAACAUUACUUGUAGUCAAAGAUAAACAAACAGUCGAUUUAAUUUCAGAUAUCUUGAGUUUGUAUGAACAAACAAAUGGUUUCGAUCCCGAAUUCUCUAUAUUAGAUAUCAUGGGCUCUCAUUAUAAUGAUCUACCAGAAAUAGAUGAGAACACCUUCAAAUUCAAUAAUGUUGAAUUAUUUAAAUAUACAGAUAAAAAAAUUUUUAAAUUAUUUAAUUUAAAUAUUUUCAAAGAAACACCCAUAAGAACCAAGAAAGCUAAGGAAACUAAACUCAUUGACGAUACUGUUUUGGAAAUACCACUAAAAAAUGCCAUGGAAACAUUUAAUUUAAAAGAAUUAAAAUCAAUAUUCGAACUUACCAAAGAUUAUAGUUUAUCUAGACUAUACUAUUCAUACAAGAAACCAAAUCGACCACUAUCAUAUCAAGAUAUUACACAACUCACUGAAACCAUCAAACAUUUUAUCAACAUCAAUUGUCCUCAAGGUGUUUAUUAUUGUUUAGAUCUAAUGCCAGAAGGUGAUUAUGAACACACUGAAAAAGAUAACUAUUUAACCAAUUUAUUUAAUAGUUGUGAAGUAUUAACCACCGUAUUCGCAAUUUCAAUCAAACUAUUAUCAGUACACAUCAUCAAACUAUUAAUCAACAAAUAUCAUUACAAUGCAGAUGUUGAAAACAAAUUACCAAAUUAUAUCAGUAGCUUUAUAAAUGUUGAAAACCUCAAAACUAAUAGAAAUCGUCCUAUUCCUUUGUCUUUUUAUUGUAACCAUUAUUGUGAAAUUGAUUUUCAAACACAAAGAUAUGAUAAUAUUAAUAUUGAUGAUGUAAUAUCAAUCAUUCAUUUAAUAAUUAAUAGAUCGAAACAACUACAAAAUAAAUCCCAAAAUAGAAAACGACAACGAUCAAUAUCAAAUAUCAAUUAUGAAAAUUAUAUUUUUACUUCAACACCCAAAGUCCAUAUUUAUCAAGGUGAGGCUCUUAAAAUUGUUAUCAACAUAUUAUUCAAAAUAUUAAUUCAAAGUAAAGGUGAAGUACCACUUGAAAAGAUCAAAUCAACUUAUCAAUUCAUAAACAAAUCUGGUGUAACUACAGUUCAACAAUCAACAUUAUUUUCAAUUUACUAUCUUGCAAAUAAAUCAUUAACACUCAUCAAAUAUCUACUUGGUUUACCAAUCUUUCGCGAUGUUGGCGACCUUUUGGCCUAUAACUGGGAUGGUACUAUUUACACUCAAGAUAGUAAUAAUAGCUUUGAACCUCGUAAGAAAACAAAGGGUAAUAUAAUUUUAAAUUUAAACGACCUCAUAGAUCCAGAAGUAUUUUCAUUUGAAUAUAUAUUUGGUGAUAAUGGUUAUAUUUGUUGUGAUAAUGGUGCAUCAUGUAUCGAUAUUAUAGAAAAGCUUCAUCAAAAUAUUUUUAACAACUCAUUCACAACCUUCAAAGAAUCACCUCCUUUCAAAACAAUCACUGACAUUUAUAUUCAAACUAUAAAAACCUUGUUCUUCUUUCAAAGAUAUGAUUUGUUUUUAAAAUACUUAGAAGAAUUGAGACUCAAACACAAUGGCUAUGAUGAAAAAAGCAAUGGUUUUAUUAAAAUUUCAAACAUUAUUCAAACUGGUGACCAAACUUUAAUAUCCACAGUAUUAAAUGAAUACAGCGAAUAUUGCGUUCUUUCAACUUUAGGAAUCUGCGAUUUAUUAAUAUAUAAUGUCGAAAAUAACACCAAUAUUGGCCAAUCUUUAAUAAAAAACGAAAUUAUUAUUAAUGAAAAGGAUUUUCAUCCAGAUACAGUAUUUGCUCUUCACCAUUUAAUAUUUGACGAUAAAAGCAAAUUUAAAUUCUCAUUUAACAUCGAACCAUACCAAAUACCAUUCAAACUAUAUCAAUUCCUCCUCAACACCUAUCCAAAUAAUACUCUAUUAAAACCAUCAAAAACAAUAAUUAAUGAUGCUAUAAAAAGAGAUAAUAUUAUCUUCCUAAAACAACUCUAUCAAAAUAAUCUUAUCAAUGAUGACAUCGAUAACACCAACAAUGAAUAUAAUCAACUACUAUCCCAUUUAAAACAAAAACUAUCAGAACAUAGAAAAUAA